AUGCCUUUAACUGAUAAACAAAAAGAAAUCAUCACUGCUUCUAUCCCAUUCUUAGAAUCAAAUGGUGUGGAAUUAACUGCCAACUUCUAUGCUUACAUGUUGGAAACUUAUCCAGAAGUUCGUCCUUUCUUCAACAAGACUCAUCAAAAGACAAAAUCUCAACCAAAAAUCCUUGCUUUUGCUUUAGUUAAUUAUGCUAAAAAUAUUAAUGAUUUAACUCCUUUAUUAGGUUUUGUUAGACAAAUUGUGGAAAAACAUGUUGGUCUACAAGUUACUCCAGAACAAUAUGAUAUUGUUGGUACUUGUCUUUUGAAAACUUUAAGUGAAAUGCUUGGUGAAGCUGCCACUGAGGAAUUUAUUGAAGCUUGGAAAGUUGCAUAUUUUGAUUUAGCUAAUAUUUUAAUUGGUUUAGAAAAGGAAAGAUAUGCUACUGAAUUAAAAAUUGAAAAUGCUUGGUUAGGUUUUAAAGAUGCUACUGUUUUUAAAAUUGUUGAAGAAUCUGAUUCAAUUAAAAGUAUUUAUAUUAAAGCUAAUGAUGGUAAAUUACCAAAAUUCCAACCUGGUCAAUAUAUUACAAUUAGAUUAGAAACUGAUGAUGAACAAUCUUUACAAUCAAGAGAAUAUUCAUUAAGUAAUGAAUAUAAUGAUUUAAUCAGUCAAGAACAUGGUUUAGAUCAUUAUAGAAUUUCAAUUAGAAAAAUUCCAAAUGGUAUUGCAUCAAAUUUUAUUCAUAAUCAUGUUUCUGAAGGUUUUAAAUUACAAAUCACUUCACCAUAUGGUAAAUUACUAGAACCUGCAUUGAAAUCAAUUGAAGAACGUACUGAAGAAGUUAAUAAACCAGUUGUUUUCUUUGUUGGUGGUAUUGGUAUUACUCCUUCACUUUCAUUAGUUGAAUAUUUCUUAAGCAGAGGGAAUGAUGUUAAAUUGUUUCUUUCAAAUUCAAAUACAACUUCAAGACCUUUCAAUGAUUGGGUUUCAACAAUUGUUUCAAAAUAUCCAAAUUUAUUACAAGUUAAUGAAUAUAUUUCAAAAGGUGUUGAAUCUAAUUCUAAAUUAAAUUUACCAACUGGUUCAAACUAUAAAGUUCAUGAUCGUCGUAUAAACACUUCAGAUUUAUCAUUCUUCACAAAGGAAAACAUUAAUGAUUAUAAUUAUUACUUAAUUGGUCCAUUACCAUUCAUGAAAGUUAUUCAAGAUGAUUUAAGUGGUAAAGGAUUAGAUGUUUCCACAAUCAACAGUGAACAAUUCGGUCCAGUCUCAGUAUAG